GAUCUUCCCUGCUGCCACUGCCACAGCUCGUGGCGCUGCCCACCCCGUCCCCUCUAAUUGGCCUCUUACGCCCCAGGAAUAAUUACGGUACCUUUCUAGACAUCCCCGCACCCUCCCUCCGGGGACUCUGGCAGUGCAGCAACGCCCCCCCACCCUGUAGCGCACGAACGAAUAAACGAACUCCCACCUCCAGAAAAGAACAAAAUCACACGCCCCUUAAGAAAAAAAAAAAAAAAAGACAAUCUUACCUUCGCAGGCGCUGGAGACCACCAAUGAAAUGGUGCCGUUGGUUUAGCAAUUCCAAAGCCCCAUUUCCCCUGGCCGCCUUCGUCCGGGGCCUGGGACAGUGCGCCAGACGUGGCCGACACUCCCUGCACAGCAGCCCUGGCAGAAGGGGAGAGCAAGGAGGGUUCUGGGUUCCACUACCAACCCCUCCUCUCCUCUGUUCAAAUCCCCCCGCGGUGCAUACACCCGCCCAGGGCGCGUUGUAAAAAUAAAAAAUACAUUGGUGCUGACAUCGCAGAUGAAGCCAGGCCAAAGGAUGGGUUGCCCGAACUAGGCAUCUUGCUGCCCCACACAGCUAGGUCAGCUCGACAGCCUCUUCUGCCUUUGUCCGGGGGCGAAAGGAACGGGUGUGAAGCUGGAGGGUCUUCCCCUUGAGUGACAGUGGGUCCCGGAGGCGGCUGAGAUGUCUGUAGGGGAAAGGACCCCCACAAAUAUAUCUGCCUUGAGCUUAAACUUGGAUAAAGAAAGGCCCAAGCGUCCGGCUGGGGCAACUUUCUUUGGUUCGUUGCUGUCUACCCCUGUAAACGCCACCUUCAUUUCCGCUGUCUGCGGGGCCCUUUUGAGGGUUCUAAUUCGUUCUUAUCUGGGCCCCUUACGUUUCUCUCGGGUCAGGCGCUUUUGGACAGCCUUUUGCAGCGGUGUCUAUGCUUGUGUCCCGUGUCCUUGGAAGAGAGGUCCCAGUGCUUUACUAUAGGCUGAAUUUGGUUUGACAUCUUUUGGUAGACUGUCAGAGGAGAAAAGGAAUUUUUUUUAUUCCUUCAAGACCCCCACUGCUCCCCUUCCAAACUGGCGUUUGCGAAUUGAGGCUUUGAAAAUUGGAGUGUUGACUAGAGUGUGGAGAGAGUUGCUGAUUUCAUUCCUUUGGGUACUAGUAAAACCAUUUAAGUAUCAGCCGGAAGAGAGAGAGCUAUUGACAUUUGCAUCAGUUCUGUUUGGACCUUUUGGGUACAUAAAAUGUCGGGUUCUCUGAGUGUUUUAUCGAAUUGAGAAUGUGUGCUACGUUUAUUUAACUCUUCUGCAACUGCUUAAAAGGAAAACAUUUUGUGAAAUGCGAGGAUUGUAUCAUAUGGAUUGUUCUCUUCAGAUUUUAAAUUUUUAAUUCAUAUCUUUAACACUAAACAUUAAAAUAGUAUUGAAGAGGCAUAAUUUUAAAGAUUAGGUGAGAUAUAGAAAGGGGGUAUGCUUUUUAAAAAUGAUUGGUGAAAUAUUAUUACUGUUUGUGUUGUUGUUGUUGUUAAAUGUUAAGAUUUACUUGAGAGUUUCCCUUAAGGUAAUUGCUCCACUUUGAACACUUGCAGUACAGCAUUCUAGUUAGUUUUAAUGAUUUGGGUAUUGAAGAUAAUUGUCUGGUUUAAGACAGGCAUUUAACCUAAGUAGUACUUGAAAACGUAAGUUCUAAUGUUCUCUUUUAUUUUUGAAAUCUGUGAUUUUGUGAAAUAUUAAUCAGCGUAUUGUUUCUGUUGGAACUCCAUAAUCAAAAGAGUCUGUUACCCAGAGGUAGAUUCCCUCUCUCCAAGUUUAUUUUAUAAAUAUGUGUUGAUUUUUACUUUUAAAAACCAAAACUGAGUUAGAUUAUUUCAGAAUCGCCUGUAGUUCAGGCGGAGGAAAAUUGAGGCUUUUUUCUUUCUUGUUCUGCCUAAUGUCUGUUUCACUUGUGAACAAUUUUUUGUUAGUAAGAAUUUGUUAAAGACAGAGAUAGUCUUUAAGCAAUCUCUAUUCUUUCAAAAUGUGUGUGUAGUGUUAAUAAAAGAGCACAAGAAAUCUAGAGACAUUCGAUUUUUAAGUGUAAGCAAACUUUGAGGAGAAAGGGAAUUUUUUUGAUGAUUUUUUUCAUUGACACGGAUAUUUUGCUGCAUAUUAAUAUAUUUCGUUUUCCCUUUGUCUUUCCUACAUUAUAUUGAAAUUAUAAAUUUAAUUUUACAACUAUUUGUUUUAAAAUAAAUUCACACAGCUAGACACGAACUGGCUUUUCAUUUACCAAGGUAGUAGAUUGUUUAGGUAAUUAACAAAUGGUUACAAGUCAUUUUAAAUCCACAAAUUUUCUAGUGGAUUUUCAGUUAGGAUGCAAAUCUAACUUUGAAAUUCUAUUUAAGGUUCUAAACUUUUUGUUUUAAGACUGUUUUAAGACUUUUCCUCCGAGUCAAUAUUCAUUCUUCCCAGAGUGCCUUUUAAGGCUACUAUAUUCUAUAACCUAAGGAAAGCCGCCUUUCACCACCCACCCCCCUAGUCUGACCAAAAGCCCACACUUGUAGGCUUUCCUGAAAUUAACUCUCUUGUUUGAGUAGUGAAAAUGUGCCAGAUAUACAAUUUAUCAUUGAAUUAUCUUGGAGAAGACGUUAUUAACCUUGUUUGCUUUUCGGAUACAUUUAUAAAGUAGGUGAGAAGCUGGUAUAUAAUGGCAGAAAUUUUAUACAUAUAUACUAAAUAGCAUAAAUAAGUAUAUAUUUAUGUGGAGAGAUCCAGGUCUCAGUUGUUUGCGGAUUUGAGCUUAAAAUUCCCAGUUUAAGCGUGUAUUUAUUUAACUUGUGUUUUGUCUGGAAAUUUCAUCAAUUGCCUCUGCGCUGGGGAACUUAGAACUCAGUUCCUGGUGACAGUCACUUUUUCAGAAAAUCAGGGCAUUCCCAAAUUCAAAGUGCUUCAGAAUCCCUGGACAUAAAUGUUUGGGAGAAAGGGCAAGAAAUUUAGACUUCAAAGUUGGUCCAAGAAGGAGAGCAAUUUAGAGCCCUAGUUUUCUGUUCUGGGGGAAGCGAUCAUUAGCAUGGAAGAAUGGCAGGGACCGGCAGGCGCGUGCCCCCUCAUCGCAGUCCCAUUGGCCUUGUUGCUGCUUUGAGCUGUCCUGAGGGGGCAAGGGCUUGGAUCAACGCAAGGUAAACCCUUGAGGAAGAGUAGUACCUCUUCUAGAUCGGACUUAACCAGAUCUUAGCCUUAGCUCACAAGUGCGACGGUAAUGCCCCGCCCCGUUCUGUGCGGAGACCCUGCCACUCAGCCUUUGCGUCCCUGUUUGGGGCCGGGGUCUAUCCAGGGUCCUGAUCGCUACUGUGCGAGCCUGGAGGAGCCGCCGCUUCUUCACACAGGUAUUUUUGAGCGGUAGGAAGUGCGCCAAUAGUUCCUAGGUCCCUUUCCCGACAGACUUGGGGACAGGGGAAAGAGUGCAGAAAAAUCAGCACUGAAUGGGUUCUACGCGGUACUAGAGGAUGCUCGCAAACUAAGGGGAAGUUCUUUGUGGGACCCAAAGCCUGAAUUUCUCUCUCUCAGAGUGGGCCUCCCCUUCAGGGAGCCAUUUCAGGGACCACUAACAGAUGGAUGGUUCUGGAGCUGGUUCCCAGGACCACUCCAGUUUGCUCUUGGUAGCCAGGGUGCUUUGCCCUGUUUCUUCCUUUUUAGCGGGAAGUAGCAAAUGUCAGCCUAGAGCUGAAGUAGCUAAGCUAGGUAGAGUGGAGCCCUUGCUAAGAAAAAAAGGAAGCUGUGAACACUUAACAGGCAGGUUUGACUAGGAGGUGAAGGGAUAUAUUAGGGGGCUGUGAGGGCUUAGAUAUUGACAAGGCUUAUGCCUUGGACUGGGCUGGGUUUCUUGAUCAUUAGUCCUCUCUUUUUUCAGGAAGCUUGCACAACCAUAUACUCAGCUGUCUCUGGGGCUAAGAGUGAGGGAAGCAUGUCACUUUACUUCAGAGGGUAGGGGAUGUUCAAUGGGAAUGGAACCCACAGACGGGAUAGGCACACUCUUCUCAGAAUGGAGGCAGCAAUCCAUGCUUGAGAAAGCCAGAAGUAGGGCUACAACGUCUGUAUCCUCUGAGCCCCCUGCAGAAGGUGAUGGGAAGAGUGUAGGGGCAUAGGCAGGGGGUCCCCUGGAGAUAGGCCUUAGCUUUCCCACAGCUGCUAGGACGACUGCAGUGAGGGAGUAUGAGAAUUCGCUAUUUAUCUGGAAGAAGGAAAAUAGGCCCUAGAUUAUGCCUCAGAUCUAGGAAGAGAGAAAUCAAUUAUUUCUGAGACGACACCCCCUUUAGCUGUCACUGUCCAAAGACUCAUUGGUUAAUUAAUGGUCGGUAACCUAGCCGUCUGCCUAAAAACCAGCGAUCAUUUAACGUUUUACUUUUUGAAAGGUAGGGGCUCUCCUUGACACUUAGGAGUUUCUGGGAGGAGGAGUAAGGGGCUAGCGAACCUGCAUUAAUGAAUCCCGAAUCCCGUAAGGAACUGCGUUUCCCAGGAAAUUCCUGACAUUUUUAGCUCGUGAAUUUCCUAAAGGCUGCUUGGUUUUCUCCUCCAUUCUGGGUCCUUCCAGAGAGGAAGAGUGGGCUAGGGGCUGAAGGCUCGGCAGGGCCUGGUUCAUCCGCAGAGCUGGCCGGCACCCCAGGCUGGGCUCAGCCCUGAGCAGGGUGCCCCCUUUCCCCAAAUCUCGGAAGGAGGAGGGGGAGGCAGGCAGUCAGUCGUGGUCCCAAAGGGGGCUGGUUGAAGGUUUUUGGAUCUCGCGAGAGUGGCUGACUGGCUGUGGGGGUUGCGGCGGCAGCAGGCGGAGCCGGGGAGGGAAAGCAGCGGCGGCUGAGGCGACUGAGGCGGCGGCGGGCGGAGCGGCAGGCGGCGGCGGCGCGGCGGCGGAGCGCAGCAUCAUGGCGGACCGAGACAGCGGCAGCGAGCAGGGUGGUGCGGCGCUGGGCUCGGGCGGCUCCCUGGGGCACCCAGGCUCGGGCUCGGGCUCCGGCGGGGGCGGUGGUGGCGGCGGGGGCGGCGGCGGCAGUGGCGGCGGCGGCGGCGGCGGGGCCCCGGGGGGGCUGCAGCACGAGACGCAGGAGCUGGCCUCCAAGCGGGUGGACAUCCAGAACAAGCGCUUCUACCUGGACGUGAAGCAGAACGCCAAGGGCCGCUUCCUGAAGAUCGCUGAGGUGGGCGCGGGCGGCAACAAGAGCCGCCUCACUCUCUCCAUGUCAGUAGCCGUGGAGUUCCGCGACUACCUGGGCGACUUCAUCGAGCACUACGCGCAGCUGGGCCCCAGCCAGCCGCCCGACCUGGCCCAGGCGCAGGACGAGCCGCGCCGGGCGCUCAAGAGCGAGUUCCUGGUGCGCGAGAACCGCAAGUACUACAUGGAUCUCAAGGAGAACCAGCGCGGCCGCUUCCUGCGCAUCCGCCAGACGGUCAACCGGGGGCCCGGCCUGGGCUCCACGCAGGGCCAGACCAUUGCGCUGCCCGCACAGGGGCUCAUCGAGUUCCGCGACGCUCUGGCCAAGCUCAUCGACGACUACGGAGUGGAGGAGGAGCCGGCCGAGCUGCCCGAGGGCACCUCCUUGACUGUGGACAACAAGCGCUUCUUCUUCGAUGUGGGCUCUAACAAGUACGGUGUGUUUAUGCGAGUUAGUGAGGUGAAGCCCACCUACCGCAACUCCAUCACCGUGCCCUACAAGGUGUGGGCCAAGUUCGGACACACCUUCUGCAAGUACUCGGAGGAGAUGAAGAAGAUUCAAGAGAAGCAGAGAGAGAAGCGAGCUGCCUGUGAGCAGCUCCACCAGCAGCAGCAGCAGCAGCAGGAGGAGACCGCCGCUGCCACCCUGCUACUGCAGGGUGAGGAAGAGGGGGAAGAAGAUUGAUCAAACUGAAUGGAAAAAACCCACACACACAUGCAUACACACACACAUACACACAGCCACACACACAGAAAAUAUACUGUAAAGAAAGAGAGAAAAUAAAAAGUUAAAAAGUUAAAAAAAAAAGAAAUAACUUAACUCCAAGGGAGCACCACCCAGAACCUCCACCAACUGACAGUUUCUCUUCUUGACUUGCCACCCAUCGCUGGAUGUUGUCCACUUUAUCCACCAUAUAAAACAGUAAGCAGCUGCUAAAAACAAAAAACAAAAAAAAUACAAAAAGUAAUAACAUUAUAUGAACUGUGUUUCCUACUUGAUUAAAAAAUAUAAAGAACUGAGUGUUUAUUUCCCUAAUUAACCAAGAACUUUUGUACACGUUUAAGCUAUUAUUAUUAAAAGUGUUUGCAAAAUGGUCAAGAUUAUAAUAUUGCUGAAUUAUAUAAAAGUCCUUUUCAUGUUGAGCUAACAUUUGACUUUAGCACAAAAAAGAGAUAUUUUAGAACACGUAAAAUAAUAUUUUUAGUUUUUCUCAUUUUGUUACCAAAUUUCAAACCUUACAUGGAGGUUAUUAUAGUAUAUUUGACACCCUAUAUACCUGUGAUUAGAGAUGUGUAUAUAUAUGAGGGCUAGGCAUGCUGUGUGUCUGAGCUUUGUCUAAAUGUUAUGCAGAAGUUUGUAGAGUUAAAGGUACGUAGGUUUAAUUCAUGCAAGGUAAACAAUAAGUGCUCUCUUUUAUACAAUAUGCAUUGCAUCUGGACCUUAAACAUAUAAAAAUGGUCAGUGAAACUUCUGUGAACAUGAAAUUAUUAAAAAAGGCAUUUAAAUGAAAUUUGCUAAGUUGUGAUUUUUAUGGUUGGAACCAAAGUUAUUCCAAAUAGUGAAAGGAAAAAGAGAAAGAAAGAAAAAGGAAAUCUCCCAUAAUAUUUUUCUGCAUCUGUUUGCUUUGACUGAGUAGGUGUUUUGUCAUUAUUGUGUAUAUGAGAUGUACUUGUAUUGUUCAUAAUAUAUUUUUUUUAUUAUGUGUAGAAAGAUUUUAAAAACUAACGUGCAGCAAUUUCCAGUGAACCUGUACUUGGACAUCAGGUAGUGAGUCUAUUUGUGGUCACUAGCACUGUCUCCUAAACUUGUAAGAGAUCUGAAGCUAUCCUUUGAUUUUUGCCAGUGCUAUUAACUUAUGUAGACCUGUUAAAAAGCAGAGCAACACAAUUAUAGUUAUCCUACUGAGCCAUGGAUUCUGAGUUUCAUUUUAAAAGUGAAAGCCAAGUUGGUGUAUGUAAAGGAUUUCCAUGUAGCUGUGGUGCUAGUUAUUACUGGCUACAUUAUAUGCUAAGUGUAUUUGUGUUCCCCAAGUGUACAAGCCUUCUAUCAAAAGUAUGUUCUAUAACUCAUAUAUUCAAGGUGUAGGGUAUGAAAAUGCAAAGCUUAGGAGAGCACUUUACCAAGCUGGUGUCCUCCAAACUGAAAUUGUUUGUAACGAUAGUCUUUCACAGGUUUUCAUUUAAAGAUGUUCGUGUGCUUUUAAUUGACAACUAACUUUUUGCUGCUGUAUAGUAAAAUAUUAAUAUAUUUUUAUCAUUAAACUGCUGCAUGACUAUCAUCUUUGAGUGAAGAGAAAAUGUUAUAAAAAAAGAUGCCUUAAACAGUACAUUUUGGUUUGGAAUUCUGUAGAAAGUAUUUUGGUUAAAAAAAAAAGGUCUUGUCUGACAUAGAGUUCUGGGGAUGGAAUUGUUUCUUGGCAAAUCCAGCCAUAUAGAUCUAACUGCUGUAUGUAGAAGACACCACCUGUAGGAGCUGGAAGGUAUCAGUGCUUCUCACAUUGUAAAGCAUUGGCCUAGGAAGGUAAACAGUUGUCUUUUUGAAGGAUUUUUUUUUUCUGCUGGUUCUUUGGGUUUUGAUUUGAUAUUUUUAAGCUCCCUGGUUGAGUGUGUUGUCUUUGUUUUUGAGAUCUACUGUACGUGUUGAAUAACAAGCUAUUUCCAUUGUACUGUGCAUUUUCCCAUUAAAUUGUUUGCUUUUAAUAUUCAUACAAUGUUAAAUAUGAGGUGACCGUACAAUAGUUAGGAGUUUCUUUACUUACAAAAUCACUGGAAAUGAUUAAAUUGCUUUUCCCCCGUCCCCCAAGGUGCAUUUUUCUUAUUUCCAUAUAGUAAAGUUGAGCUCUUACAGUGCAUAAUGUGACAUUUGGAAUGCUUAUCAACUGCAUGUAAACAUUAAUAACCUGCACUUUUUUGUCUUAAGGUUUGUUGAGCUGUUUCGUUCACUGUACUUUAACUGUGAUAUGGAAAAGACUGCAUUAUCUGUGCUGUUACUAGUUAGGAAAGAGAAUUGCUUUGAUUUUGUCUCUUGUUUACUAUAGCUUCUUAAAGUUAAGCCUUGUACUACAGGUUGUUGGAGUACUCCUAGAUCAGUGUUUCGUAGUAGCCAGCAAUAAGUAGUGCAAGUCAACAAAAACACAGCAAACUUAGGCAAAGUGUCCUUUCUUUGAGAUGCGAGUUCUUUCAUGAGGUUUUCUUUAGGGUCAGUUACCUAAAGUGAAGCCUUUCUUAUCUAUAGACUUCAGAUUCUGCUUGGAAUCCUACCGGAUCAAGAAGCACAUGCAUUGUGCAAUUGUCUUUACACUAUAACAGUUAAACACAAUCUUACUAAGAUUUUGAAACCAGUGUCUAAUUUAUGGUCAGUGGGUUUGAAAAGAAAUCCACAUGCAAAUCUUUUAAGACUUAAGAGGUGAUCGUAGAAAAGACUAAGCGACUGUAAAGAUGCUCAUUUUUGCAUCUCACUUUACCUCCCCAAGCGCCCUCCCAACUUUCCCUUCCCUCUCCUGUUUCAUCCUUUCCCCGCCUUUCCCCCCAGGUGCUCGGUACUUUACCAAGGUUCUGUAUCUCAGUGUUUUAUGUUGGAGUUUUUCCUUGUUUUUAUUUUGCUAGUUAGUAGACCCUGUUUGUGCUGAAACAAAAAAGGAAAUGGUAUAUUUGACCAUAUGUGUUAUUCAUAGAAGACAGUAUGAUCAAAUGUGCCAAAAACAAGCAAACAAAACCCAAUUCCUGACAAGUAUGCCUUAUUUUAAUGAUCUGCUUUGUCUUACAGUUAAGGUCCAAGAGCUUGGUUAAACUACGUUAAUUGCCUAAGUAUAAAAGAAAACUUGAAAUGCAUUGCAAUAUUGACGUUCUUUAAAAUGAGAGACACUGUCAAGUAAUUUAAUCCAGAGAUCAGCCACCAGAUUUGAAAUGCCCAUAUAUGUGUGUGUGUUUGGUGUUGUUCGUUUUUUUCUUUUAAAUCACCAAAUCUUUUUUUAAGCUACUUUUUAUUUGUGCCUCCUAUUUAUCAUGCUGAUGUUAGAAGCAGCAGUCAUCCAGCCACAGAGGGAGCUAAAGUUAACUAACCAGAACUGUAGAAAUCAUUAUACAUGCCUUUGACAACAAAGGAAGUCCAUAAGAAAAGCCAUGUUGGCUUUUCCUCCAGUAGAUAAAGAUUGGAGGUAGAUGAAUAUUUGCCAAAUGGAAAAAAAAGACAAUGCGAGUCAGGAAAGACAAACUUUUCCAGCUUCUCAAAAGCCAUGGAGAGUACAAACCAAAACCAACAGGAAAUAAAAAAACCUUGAAAGUCUCACUUUCUAGUUGUCCUAUGCAGGGGUUGAAAUUUGACUCAAAGUGGAAAAUAUAUGAAUGUGUUUUUAGGUCUUCAUAUCUAGAGAUGGAUAACUCCCAAUUUGAUUUUUCAGGUCAUGGAGAAAGCUGCUAGUAAUUUUAACCCCUGCCUAAAGAAGACAGAUAAUUUCAUUUGGGAGCAAAUACUUAUUGCCUUGAAAAAUAGCACUGUAAUAGCCUAUGAUAAUUAGUUGUAGAAUAACCUUUAUCCCUUUUAAACUAUGCAAAUUAUUAAGUGUAAAUUAGGACUCAAUUAAAGAUAGUUGAUUAUAUUGCAAUCAGAUGGCAUUUACAAACUUAACUGGAGCAUAUACAAAUAAAAUCUAUUAGUCUAAGAGUUUUGUAUGCUAACAGAAAAAUAUAAUUUAGCUACCUAUUCUAAAAAUGGUGAAUAUUAUUAAUAUUGUAUAAUAGGACUGGGAAGACUGCCUCCUUUUUUGAAGAGAGAGAGAUUAAGGAUUUUUAUAAUUGUUUUUCAUCAAAUUUUAAUAUUUUUGUCAAAUUUUUAGGUAUUUAAUUUGUAAAACAGUUUGCUUUGUACUGGCAUACAGAAAAUAGGGUAUUGAUUUUAAACUUUUUGAAGCCAAGUGAUCAAGUACAUUUGUAAUAAAAGUCAAUGGAUAUAUAUCAGUUGUACUCACUGUUUUCAUUUCUUAUUAAUAUAGGAAUGCUGUACAUUUUCUGCAGGAAAAGUGAACUAAAUUUGGGUGGAAGGGAGGGGAAAAGAUAAGUAUGUUGAUAAUAAUCUGGGUGGGUACCAUGGCCCAAGCACUUUACAUAAUCUUUAAGUCAGUUAAGAUUUGGUAUAUUAAAAAAGACGCAUAUGUCAAAUUUUUUCUUCCUGUUUUCUUAUGGAAUUUGAUGUUUGUGGGGGUUAUCUCAUUCAUUAUUUCUGUGCUUUAAUAUUUUGUAUUUGGCACUGUUAAAACUUUCUAAACUAAUACAUUUUUCUUUUAUGACAUUUUGGGUUAUCUGCCAGCCAUGGUGACCCCACCAUGGGCAUGAUUAUUUUUCUCUCUCACACAUGGUUCACCCUCUCUGCCUCAAUAUUCCCACUCAUUUUUUCGUGUUACUGAUACACACACACACACACACACACACACACACACACACACACACACAUUUCCAGAUGAUUUUAGAAUGGGGAUUUCUGAAACUGUUGCUCUGGUGGCUUUCAUAGCUCCACAAUUCAUUUUGUUUUACAUGUGAACAUACUUUUAAGAUUUUCCCCCCAUAAAAUGUGAGAUACCAAAUCUAAUGACUUUUUUCCCUAUUCAGAGUCUUUUCAAUAUCAGAAUGAGAUUCUGCUUUCUAUGUAAAAAGAUGCUAAAAUAAAGGAAUCUUUAGCAACUUAAGUUUGGAACAACUGGUGAUAACUCUGAGUAUAACAUUUAUAGUUGACUAUCCCUAAAUUUGAAUAUCUUAAUAAUUUGGAAGAUAUAUACUUCCCCAUGAGAGUGGAAUGAAUAGGAAAGAAAAUUUAUCAGAAUUACUUAAGUGAAUAAAUUCUCUGAAGUUAUUUGUGCAAAGUCGUCUGUUAAAGUUUAUCUUUUUAAAUCAUACAUUAUUAUAUUUCUGGUUUUUUUCAUUGCAAGCUAACUGAAUUUAUAUGAAGUACAGUAUAAAACUGAAGUGAUCACUGCUAUUACUAUUUUCACCUAGCAGCAUUGAUUACUAUAGAGAAUUUUCAAUAUAUUUUUAAGAACAGCUGAUUUUAAUAUUUGAGGAGUUAUUUGAUCCUAAAACAAAACAUAAAUUUAAGGCCUAGGCCAUUUUAAUACGCUCUUUUUGAACAGAAAUUUCAUUAUUAUGGGCUAAGUGAAGAUCAUUUAAACUAUUAGCAUGAGUCAGGUAGAAUUUCAUGAUGCAAGAACAACCAGGUGAAAACUGAAAGAUAUGAUUGGUUUCAAGCCAACAGUUGUCGUCUUUCAGCUGCUAAACUGGCUACUGAGUUUUGAUGUUGAAUGGUCUAGGCAAUUUAUGUCUUUAGGAAAGUUGAGUAUGGCAAAGGUCACUUGUUAGAAACAUUUUUCUUAAAAAAGAAUUUUAUAGGUGUUCAUUUAUUUUUAUUUUGUCCCCAUAUUACGUUUGGUAUUUAUUUUCUUUCUUUUUUUUAUUUUUCCUGAUGUGCUUUGCUUUUGUGGAAAAUUGUCUUGUUUGAUAGGUAGAAACGUGGUGGUGAUCCUCUGUGUAAAAUAAAGUUACUUCUUACAGACCAGGAAUAUUUUACUCAUUUUGGAAUCGCACGCUUUUUCAUUUUCAUGAAUACAUACUUUAUUUUGAUGAUUAUUAGUAAUUAUUUUUGUAGCGUUUCAUGGGAAAAAUUUAAACUGAAGGGUUUAAUUUUCUUGAUUUAGGGUGUACUUUAAUAGUUCAAGAGGCCUCCAAGUUCAAGGACCAAACCUUUAUAUUCUAGAAUUUUGAGAAACAUGUAAAUACUCUUUUUAGCAUGUCUUUUGGUCUAAGCUAGAUUAACACAGAAGGAUCCUAGGAGGACUUGAGAAAAGAUGUCCUUAUUGUGAAGUGGCAGUCAAACCUAUGGGACAGAUGUCUUUUUGUAUUCACCUUGAGUAGGCUCAAACAGUGAUGGCCAUCAGCUAAUGAAUUAUUAGCCUCAUGUUGGGAUUGGGUCAGAUUCCCAUUCAGCUAGAGUGGAUUGGCAAUUUCCAGUGCAGGUAGCUGUUGGUGGCAUUUGACCUACCUCCCUACCGUGUACAUCUGGCAUUUCUUUCUCCCAUCCUCCUUUUCCCUUGUUUCUCUCUCCUUCUUUCUUCUUCUCCUUGCCAUAGGCCUGCCAGUGGCACUCAAAAUUAACCCCCUUAAGAGGAAAGUGAAGAAAUUGCUGACUCCUGCCUUAGAACAUGGCUAACUGAUCCCAGAAAGAUUUCUGUAGUAUAAGGUAAUUGGGCAGUUUUUUCUGACUGCCGUUUUCCCUGUAGUGAAGUUGGCAGUUUGAAGGGCAUCGACAUUUUUUGUUAAGAAAUUUGUGAAUUGAAGAGAGUAAGAAGUAUGUGUACUUUAGGUAGGUUACUAUGGACUGAGACUUACUAGUUUGGAAAUUUGAGAGCAGAAAGGGGAGAGCUGUUUAAUGUGUUUGUGAAUGGGAGUGUGGGAGGUAAAUAAGGGAAUGAUUUGGAGGUAAAGUUGGAGAAGUUUUUAUUGGAGGUAGGGAAAGAUGCUAAGGUGGAAUCUUAAAUGAGAGUUGUUUGCUGAAGACAAUGACGUUUAUCUUCACUGAGGAAGUUUCAGUAAAGCCAGAGAAAAUGGGUCCCUUCUUGGUUAUGAGAAAGCUGUUGGUCUGUAGCUAGAUGUUAUAAUAAUGAUCCAUUAUACAAAUCUGUUUUCAGAUGUAGGGUGUUUGCUUUUCUGGACAAAUUAAGUAGCACAAUUAUGGAAUGGCAACUUUUCUGGUCAAGGCAAGUUGGUGCUGGGGACUUACUACUUUGAAGGAAAAAAGAGAACGCUUUAAACUCUUUCACAGUUAUCAUUUUUAAACUAUCAGACAUAUUUAUCAUACAGACUGUCUAUUCUCCUGGGCAUGUGUUACCGUGUAGUUUCCCUUUACUUUUCAAAAUCGUCCUUAGAUCAAAUAAUUUGAUUUUGCAGUCCGCAAAGAUCCAUAUUAUGCCUCGCUUUUACAGAACCUUGAGCCUUUGGUCCACAUGAAUUUCUUAGAAGAGGAUUAUAAACCAAGUGAAAACACUACAUUGCAAUUUAGGUAUCUUUUCUAUUUCUUUUACAUUUACAAUCGUAGCAACCAUUUAUCAUUGUGGACCUUAUGAUACCCUCAAUACUACUAUAUUUCUGAAAUUAGACAACAUACCUCCCCAAACUUAAAUUUCUGUUUGUUUUCCCCGCUUUCUCUGUUCUCUUAAAAUUAUGGAAUUCCCAAAAUUCACUGGUGGCAGAUGUUAAUAAUAUAAUUUGGUACAUCUUGGAAGUUCUUAUGUCCUUUGUAGGGUGAACUGAUGGUGUUCAGAUUUCUGUUUCCAGUAUCCCAGGAGUAUUUUAAAUUAUUUAAGAUAAAGAAUUGCUAUAAUAUUUCUGUUUAAAGCUACAUAAUUCAAGUAUAUUUGGAUUUACUCUGUUUUCUGGUUUAGUAUGGACGUAUUCUCAGUGACUUUGACAGAUUACUAUCAUGUGUCAUUCUACCCAAAUCUGUAUACAUUAGUGAUAAAAUCUCCUUAAAGAUAGUUUAAAAAGAGGUUCUGAUUUUGUAUUUGAAGGUAAUUUUUUUAAACAAAUGUCGAGUUCAUUAACAAUAGCAGAAUUAUUUUUAUUAUAACAUUUUGUAGAGUUGGCACUUAGUAUGAUUUUCACAUUUUAUUGUGUAUCUGAUUUUAAAUGAUAAUACAGUUGCUGUACUAUAACUUGUUUAUGUCAGUGCAGAACCUUCUUAAAGAGCCCCUCCUCCCCUUAGGAACUGUUUUAAAAGAAGUGAAUUCCCAAACCUGUGUCAAGAACCAGUGAUUUAAAUGACUGUGAGACAAGUCUUUGAAAGACUUCCUUGAGUCUAGUCAAUGGAGAUAAAUGAUAGCCCAUUUCCAUGCUGCAUACAGUUGUUAGGGUUUAUAACGUUGUCAAUAUGUAAAGUGCAAAAGCAGGAAAGACUAUGUAAAAUUGCCUAUAAAAUUUUCCAGUUUUCAUUAUUUGCACUAUUUAUCUUUGCACUUGAUUUUUUGAAAGUUAAGACUAGUCACUUUCACUUUUGUUUCUAGUCUUUUCUAAUUUCUUACAGAAUUGUGUUUUCAAUAUCCCACCCAAAGCAAAACUUAUAUGCAAUUAAAUAUGCUUUAUAAGUCCGAGAAAAUAUUUCUUAGUGUUAGCUAUGUAGGACAAAAGUUUGUUUUGAUAAAAUGUUUAAUAUGGGCCUUUAUUUGCCAAGAAAAUCCUUUGUAAAUGUGAGCUUUAUUAAACUAUUUGAAUAGAUGAAGUGAAAGCUUAGGAUAAGAAAAAAUACACACACACACACACACACACGCACACACACACACACACACACUAUAUAUAUAUAUAAUGAUGUCUUUGAGAUCCAACUUCCAGCCUGACAUGGCCUGGUUUUGGACUGUUGAUUUGUUUUCACUGAAGUCAAUGAGAUUUGAGUCUAGCUGGGUAUUGGCUUAAAAAGCUGGAAGAGAAGUGGGUGGCAAGUGGCAGCUCCCUCUUUCAUGUAGUUUUCCAUAGUGCAUAGUGCUCAUAGAGUUUCCUCAUGGUCUAUGUGAUAUAACUAGUAUUGGAAUAAUUAUAUUAAAUGAUAUUCCUUUUUGGAAUUUAAGGUUGACUCACUUUUUGAGGUGGGGAGGGUGGCAAGGGAUAAGAGACUUUAUUUUAACUAGAGGCAUUCUUACAACCUCAAGAUGUACUCUAGAAAGAAUAGGAGAACAAAAAGUGUACCUGUGAACAUAUUUUUUAUCUUAGUGAGAUUGUACAACACAGUUAGUGUUCAGAACCG